UAAAUGCUCGAGUCACACACCAAGUUUGUUGAACGGCUUUCUGGAGGACCUAGUACGUUCAGUAAAGUGCAUGUUUGUUUUGUGUAUGCAGACAUUUCGGACGGAACAGAAACAUUUGAUGUGAUUUUUGCGCGAAAGACACAGAAAAACAGAGAAAACAUUGUUUUUGGUGUGACACGCGUUGCGUUUUAAGUGAGGGUGAUUUAAAAUGGGGUCAAGUGAAAGCAAGCUGUCCGUGGCAUCAACGCCAAAGCCAGAACCGAUCCAGCGACUGAAAGUUCCGGGUGUAGCGAGACUCGUGGACCCUCGCUCGCCCUCAUGUGGGAUAGACCGCACACCUAUACAGGUGGGUGUGGCUUACUCUCCUCUUCCUGAAGUGGAGUCAGUUGGGCCUGUAUUUGUUGACCCCCGUUCACCCACUCCUGGAGUUACUCGAACCCCAAUGAAGGUGGCCGUCACCUCUCUCGCUCGGCGUCUGAGCACCUUCUUUCUUACUGAUGUCAAGACCGGCGACUCCACUAUUGCUCCUCUUCCUCCCGUCUCUUUCACCAAACACCCCAGCCUAUCCAGUGUGGACAAGCAAAAUGACCCGAUCGCCAAAGAGCAUCUGCUCCCUCAGGAAGAGCACCACGAUUUGGGCAUUCACAACGCUGUUUCUACCCCGUUGGUCACCUCUCGUUCUGAGGGCUACGACUCCAUAUGCAGCAGUCCGUUUGUGCUGAUAGAUGACACUCAGACAGAGGUGGAGGUGGACAGCGAGCCCACGCUUGAGGAGGCGGAGGAAGCCCUGCUUCUUGGUAAUUCACCUUUAAGGAAGGAGCUCAGCUUGAGUCUUCUAGCCUGCCGUGAAGGCAUCUACUCAUCAUCUAUGGAGGAGCGCCCUCUCACUCCCCGUCCUCCUCCAAAGGGUGAGACGAAUGAAGAUCACAACUAUGCGGUUUUCUCUAUCCCUUCACACUCCACAGAGAACUCCACACCUGCUACUGAAGCGGUUGUGUCCUCUGAAGCGGUUGUGUCCUCUGAAGCGGUUGUGUCCUCUGAAGCGGUUGUGCCCUCUGAAGCGGAUGAUGUCCCAACACUAACAUCAAAAGAGGAGGUCACCGUUUCACUUCCAAAGCAGAGCCACGAGCAGCCUGAGGUCACCAAACCUACCACACCUCAGCCACGCCCAGUGAUUAACAACCAGCCCGAAACGGUCCAGACUGGCAUACGUUUACCGAAGUUUGAUACACGGAGCCCCAGUCAGGCUGUUUUUAAGCCUCAGUGGCUUGGGGUGGGCUUUGGCACCACUGGUGUCAGGUCGAGAGGGGUGCAAGCACGUGGAAAAACAACAGUGUCUUCACCACUUGCCACCAAAAAACCUGCCACCAAUGAGAAUAACAAUAUGGUUGUGCGCACCAAACAGAGACCUAGAGAUAAAGUUUUGAUUGGUGAGGGGAGAUCACCUCUACAGAUCCUGAAGGAGGCUAAUUCACCAAGAGACCGUAACUCACAGAUGAAGUUGAAAGUGUCCACACCGGAAAAGCAGAGGUUCGGCCAGUUGGACAGGAGAGCUCUGAUUCUCUCACUCAACAAGGAGAACGAGUGAGAUGAACUGUAUUGAUAGACCAGAAACAUUUCACCCAACACUAUGUUUAUAUUACAGUUUUCAGCCUUAAAUUGAACUACAUGUUGAUACUUUUUCUUUCUCAUAUUUUCGUGUGUGUGUGUUUCUGUAAAUAAAAACUUUGCAUUUUAAUGUAAAUAAAAUAAAAGUUGAUAUUUUAA